CAACUUUUCAUGCAAAUGAUCCAGCCUGCCGGGGAUGGCAGAAAUGAGGAACUGAAAUGAAAAGCAAAUAACCUGGGGAACAAAAUCAUGUAAGACUGGAAGAGUAAUGCGGUAUAAUAUGAAUCAGACAUCUCCUUUUACUUAAGAGUCUCUCGUUCCUCUGUGUACAACCGGAUUUGACCACCGACCUACGCUUGUUGUAAAGUCGAUCUCCGGGUUUGUUAGUGGUGACACAUACGAAGAUGGAGGAGUGGAAAAUGAGCAUUGGUACUCUGAGCGAAGAGGUGUUGAACAGGCUGUCAAAGAUGUUGGACAAUUCCACCUGCGGAUGGAGGCAGCUGGCCGAUGCGGUGUCCGGGCAACCGAGAUUCCGCUGCAGCGAAAGCGAGUUGACCAGCUGCUCACUCCAGGUGCUGAGCGCUGCAGGCAGCCCAGGACGCGCCCUCCUGGCUCGGCUGGCUGAUCGCUCCUGCUCCGUGGACUUCCUCCUCCUCUGCCUGAGGAAGGUGGACCACCAGGAAGCUGUGCAGUACCUGACCACCACAAUGGCAGAGAUGAUUUGGAUCACAGAGCAGCCACAGUCCCAGCAGGCCCCAAUGGGGAGCAGGGUGCUAUUGACCUGCAAAGCUGCUGGUCCCCUUGGGCUCAGCUACCAGUGGUUCAGGGGCAAAGAGGAGAUUUUGGAUGAGACGGGGUGUACGCCACAGCUGAUUCUGUGUCCCAUAGCCCCGGCCCACCAGGGUCACUAUAUCUGUAGGGUCAACCAUGGAGACAACUGCAUCUUCUCUCAGUGGGCUCGUGUUCGCCUGGUUCGCUCUGAAAAUAGCUCUAGUCCAGGCUGCAGCAGCAGUUUGUUUCCAGGAUCAGUGAGUGGGCUGCGUAUCAUCCACCAGCCUCAGUCCCAAGCAGUGUCUGAGGGCGACUCUCUGUUCCUGGAGUGCAAAGCAGAGGCCAACCCUCCUGCCCAGUACCAGUGGUACCACAACACGGAGCCCAUGCCUCAACACAAGACACGUUCACUCAAAAUCCCGUGUGUGACCACAACACACAGAGGACAGUACCGGUGCAAGGUGUUUAAUAUUUAUCAUGAGGCGUGGAGCGAUACAGCAACAGUCACCAUUGGCCCUAGUUCCAUUAUUGAAGCAUCCUGGGUAGAAGUUGAUCGUGGUUUAGACUCACAGGAAAUCCACAGGUCAACUUGUGGACUAGGAAUAAAUCCGCUACAACAGAUGACCAAACAACGACUGUCAACCAAGGACUUCUAUGCAACAGACAAAGUUGCUCUGCUGAUUGGCAACAUGAACUACCUCUACCACACUCAGCUAUGUGCUCCCAUUGCUGACGUCCAUGAGUUGACCAACCUCCUCAGACAAAUGGACUUCAAGGUGGUUUCCCUGCUCGACCUCAACUGGCAGGAGAUGCGCAGCGCCGUCACAGAGUUCCUCUUGCUGCUUGACAAGGGAGUCUAUGGCUUGCUAUACUUUGCUGGUCAUGGUUAUGAGAAUUACGGCAACAGUUUCAUGGUUCCCAUCGAUGCACCAGCCUCAUACACAUCAGAGCACUGUUUGUGUGUACAGAAUAUACUCACCAGGAUGCAAGAGAAAGAGACUGGACUCAACGUAUUCCUGCUGGACAUGUGCCGCAAAAGAAACCCAAAUGAUGAUGUCAUUGUACAAACCGGACUGCUGAAGGUCACAGCAAAUAUAGUGUUUGGUUAUGCCACAUGUGCAGAUGCAGAGGCAUAUGAAGUAAAGAGGGAAGACGUGUCCAAUGGCAUCUUCAUUAACUUCCUCAAACAGCGCGUUUGUGAAGACGAGAAGGUCACAGUCAUGCUUGACAGAGUGGCUGAAGACAUGGGUCGCUGUGCAAUCACACGAGGGAGGCAGGCUCUGGAGCUACGCAGUAACCUGUCUGAACGACGUUCCCUCACUGAUCGGAUACAGACCUAUGAAUGCUCUGCAUCCUAUUCAGCUCGCAACCUGCAGUGGGCCGUCGCUCAUGUCCUACCCGCGAGCCAUUGCCUGCAGUUUGAUUGUGGGGUGACAGUCCAGCUUGGGUUUGCGGCAGAAUUCUCCAACAUCAUGGUUAUCUACACUCGCAUACUUGAGCAGCCCAAAGAAAUUGUUUCCUGCUCUGCUCAGCUUACUGAUUUCCCCGAGGAUGUGGACAUCGAUCUGAAGAAAAGUAACCAGGAGACUCUGCUUGAAGCUGGCAGUUUAAUACUGAUCAAGGAAACUCUUCCUUCACCAGAGGUCCCCAGUCUUUACACCCGCAUCCGCAGCCUGCAGAGACUCAGGAGGGAUCUCACAUUCACCGUCUGUCUUCACUACACCUAUUCCAACAUGGAUGAAGAAGUGCAGGAAAGGCAACCAGUAACAGUUGGCAAACCACUGGUCUCCAAACUCAACCUCCAUGAGCCACGACCAACUCGUGCCUGCUCUGCAUCCUCAGCCUGCAGCCUUGACUCCUUCAAUGUCCCAGAGUCCUCCUUGCUUGCCGAGGACUUCACCUCUGUUGAAUCAACCUCAAACACAUGGUCAUAUUAUGCGCAAAGUGGUAGACAAUCUUCCACCACUGACCCCCCGACUUCAUCCAGGAUUGCCAAUAUACCAGAGGAGACUGACAGUCCUGAAUUAUUUGACACCCCUAAACCUCUUGUUGCUAGCAAAAGCUUGCCCCACAGUCAAAUAAAUGACACAAACUACAAAUUUAGUGACAUGUACAACUUUCAGACUUACUAGUCACCAUGAAACCUGAUUUGACCAUGACAUGCUGAUAAGUCAGAGUAUACUUGUAUACUUUAAAAAAGGCCAAAAGAUGGGGGGGAGCCUGGAAAGUUUCCAGUUCAGUAGGUAUGUGGUUCAUUUAUCUUUGUUUUAACGAUGCAUUCAGUUUUUGUAAUAUUAUAUGAACACUUUUAUAAGAAUAAAUAAAUAAAUAUAACACAUUACAAGGCAGAUCAAGUUUGACGCGUAGUCUCUCUGUAAGACGGAAGAAAUAAAACAUUUUA